AAUGAGACCUAAGGAGGAAAAAUUUGACAGAUCUUUGCUGAUGAGUUUAAGGAACCACAAUGGGGGGGCCUAGCAGAGUUUCUGGGUUAAGACUCUGGCAUGGGAAGCUCUUGUGUAUCUGUUUCAAGUUGUUUUCAUCUGGCUUCUAACCUUUGUCCUCCUUUGGCACCAGCAGCAGGAGGGUGGGGCUGUGCCCGCUGCAACCGGGUUUCCCUCUGCCAGGUCACACUUCCCUCUUUCAGCUGCAGGCGCACAGCUGGCCGGGGAAGAUGCCGCUGCAGGCUGCCCCUGGGUUACUGUGGCUCUGGCAGAUUGUGCCCUUUCAGACACUGGCCGUGUUCUUGGGCCUGUUCCUGCUGAUUUCCGAUGUCAUGAAAAGGAGACGACCGAGGAAUUUCCCUCCGGGACCUUUGAUCCUGCCCUUCCUGGGCAAUGUACUCCAUAUGGAUGCAAAACAGCCGCAUAUCGCCAUUCAGAAGCUUGCUGAAAAAUACGGCAACAUUUUCAGCGUGCAGUUUGGUAACCUGAAAUAUGUGAUUGUAAAUGGAUUCCAACUGGUGAAGGAAGUGCUUGUCCAUCAGGGUGAUGACUUUCUUGAUCGCCCACAUAUUCCUCUUAUCCAUGAAAUCUUCAAGACAUUUGGAUUAAUAAUGUCCAAUGGUCAUAGCUGGAAACAUCAAAGAAGAUUUACUUUAUCAACUCUAAGAAACUUUGGCCUGGGGAAGAGGAGCUUAGAAGAACGCAUACAGGAGGAGAUCAGAUACUUCACAGAGACAAUAGAGGAAGAAAAAGGGCAACCUUUUGAUCCUCAUUUUAAAAUUAACAAUGCUGUUUCCAACAUUAUCUGUUCCAUCACAUUCGGGAACCGGUUUGAAUAUCAUGACAGUCAGUUCCAGAAGUUACUACGGUUGAUUGAUGAGAUUUCAUAUCUUGAGGGAAGUAUUUGGAGCCAGCUGUACAACACCUUCCCCACCCUAAUGAAGUGGAUCCCAGGACCCCAUCACACCAUGUUCAAAAACUGGGAGAAACUGAAGUGUUUUGUGCGGGAAAUUAUUGCAAAGCACAAAGAGGACUGGAAUCCCUCAGAAACCAGAGACUUCAUUGACUCUUAUCUGAAGGAAAUGGCAAAGGCGGAUGCUGACCCUACUUUCCAUGAAGAAAAUCUCUUAUUUUCCACAUUGGAUCUUUUUUUUGCUGGAACUGAAACAACAUCUUCAACCAUCCGCUGGGCUCUGCUGUACAUGGCCACAAAUCCAGAGAUUCAAGAGAGAGUGCAAGCAGAGAUUGACACAGUGAUUGGCCAGUCUCGACAGCCCGCUCUAGGGGACAGGGAUAACAUGCCGUACACCAAUGCAGUUGUUCACGAAGUGCAAAGGAUAAGCAACAUCGUGCCUUUAAAUGGGAUCAGAAUGGCAACAAGGGACACAACACUGGCUGGAUACCAAGUGCCAAAAGGUACUGCUUUGAUUCCCAAUUUGACAUCGGUGCUAUUUGACAAGAAUGAGUGGGAAACCCCUCAUACUUUCAAUCCUAAACAUUUCCUAGAGGAUGGUCAAUUCAAGAAGAGAGAAGCUUUCCUGCCAUUCUCUGCAGGAAGCGGGGUUGCCUUGGCGAGCAGCUGGCUAGAACAGAGCUGUUCCUGUUCUUCACCACCCUCCUUCAGAAAUUCACAUUCCAAGCUCCAAAGGACGUAAAGCUAAGCCUUGAAUACAGAAUGGGAAUUACUCUCCACCCAUUGCCAUACCAAAUCUGUGCAGU